AGCAAAGGUCGCAGAACUUGUGUUGGAAGGUGCGAACCCAAUUUCUAUCAACAUGGCGAGCUAUCGUGUAUAUCUUGUUCUAGUACUAGUCGGUCUUUCAUUUGGAUAUGUUGCUGAGGGUUUUGUGAGCACGGAUUCCCUCUUCUUCCGUUAUUAUAAUGGUUCGUCAUUUAAAGAUUUUAACAUCAAUAAAACAGCCAAUUUGAUUCCUGAAUUGAAUUCCACUGAGGAGACAGUGUUUCACAUUCAUGGCUACUUAGAGAACGUGGACGAUGAAAGUGUCACAACAAUAGUACAAGCUUAUCUCAAUUAUACGAAGAAGAACAUAAUCGCAAUCGACUACAGACACAUCGCAGACAACGAAAAUUACGUCGCCGACGUGGAGCGUGUUAAUGAUGUUGGUAGUGCUAUUGCCAAUGCUCUGAAUACACUGGUAGCGAAGGGCUUGAACCCCAAUAAUAUUCACAUAAUUGGACAUGCCUUAGGUGCCCAAGUUGCUGCAUACGUAGGGUCGCAUUCAAACUUCAGUGUUUUCAGAAUAACUGGUUUGGAUCCUGUUGGUCCUCUGUACUACACUGGGAGGUACUUACAAUCCGGCGAUGCUACAUUUGUCGACAUCAUACAUACUGAUGCAGGUGUCGUCGGUCAAGUUUAUAACAGUGGCGAUGUGGAUUUCCUCCCUAACGGAGGACACAGACCACAGCCUGGCUGUUCUGUCCUGCCUACCUUUCAGGACCCUGAGACAAUGUGCAGUCACCAUAGAGCCUGGCGGUACUAUGCAGAAUCGAUCGGUAAUCCUCAUGGAUUCUUGGGUGACGCAUGCCUCAAUGUUGGUCUGCUAGUAUGUGACCAGUCAAAUAAAGUCCCUAUGGGAUAUGCUACGCCAGCUAAUGCCAGGGGCAGGUAUUACCUCUACACAAAUUCUCACUCCCCGUUCGCCCUAGGAUCGGCGGGACUAGCACAAUUCCUACCUCAAUAAGAGUAUACUGAAUUUUGUAAAAGUUUUUAAGAGUCCUCCUUCUGGCGGAAAACUGGAGAGUGGCGAGGAGAGUCUGACGAGAUUCCUCCAGGCGUACGGGACGCGAGGCAGUUCCGAAAAUAAACGGCGUUAUUGAGAGGAAAA